AUGGCCAAAAAGUUUUUGGGUCUCGAUGGCACCAAGCUGCAGAUCGCCAUCGGUCUGCUCGCUGGUAUGGAUUUCUUGCUGUUCGGCUACGAUCAAGGCGUGACGGGUGGUCUGUUGACGCUGGACUCCUUCACCCAUUAUUUCCCCAGUAUCGACACCAUCAGAGACACCGAUCCGAGUACGUCCACUCGCCAAGGUAUUGUAGUUGCAGCAUACAAUUUGGGAUGUUUCGCCGGAUCCAUCCCGACGAUCUGGGUCGGUAACUACCUUGGUCGUCGCAAGGCCAUCUUCCUCGGUUCUUUCAUCAUGGUGAUCGGCGCUCUCUUGCAAUGCACCUCUUACGAACUGGCCCAAUUGAUCGUCGGUCGUCUGGUGACUGGGUUUGGUAACGGUAUCAACACUUCUACGGUGCCGACCUGGCAGUCGGAAUGCUGCAAGUCGCACCGCCGUGGCCAGAUGGUGAUGAUCGAAGGUGCCAUGAUUACGUGCGGUAUCACGAUCAGCUACUGGAUUGAUUUCGGUCUGAUGUUCACCGAUCCCAAUGAAGUCUCGUGGCGGUUCCCCUUGGCCUUCCAGAUCUUCUUCGCGGCCGUGAUCCUGGGUUUCGUCAUGUUCCUGCCGGAGUCCCCCCGCUGGCUUAUUCUGAAGGGUCGCGAGGAGGAAGCCCGGGAUGUGCUGGCCUGUCUGAUGGGAGAGGGCACCGACGAGGUCUUCAUCGACACGGAAUUCACUGCCAUCAAGGCUACCGUCUUGGAGAUGGCCAAGGGUUCCUUCCGCGACAUGUUCACCAUGGGUCCUGAUCGCCAUUUCCACCGCACCAUGCUCGCCUAUGUCAACCAGAUGUUCCAGCAGAUCUCCGGGAUCAACUUGAUUACCUACUAUAUCCCGACUAUUCUGCAGAACCAGGUCGGAUUGAGCUCCACCCUCUCUCGUCUCAUUGCCGCCUGUAACGGAACCGAAUACUUUGCUGCCUCUUGGGUUGCGGUGUUCACUAUCGAAAAGUUUGGUCGUCGGACCCUGAUGCUUUUCGGCGCCGUCGGCAUGUCCUUAUCCAUGGUUAUUUUGGCUAUCACCGAUAGUAUCUCCGACUCGCACAAGCUCACUCCGACUGGAACCAAGGCGGGUAUUGCGCAGGUGGUCUUCCUCUUUGUGUUCAAUACGUUCUUUGCCAUUGGAUGGCUUGGGAUGACCUGGUUGUACCCAGCCGAGAUCGUGCCUUUGAAGAUUCGUGCCCCCGCCAACGCGCUGUCUACCUCUAGUAACUGGAUCUGGAACUUCAUGGUCGUCAUGAUCACCCCCGUUGCUUUCCGUAACAUCACCUAUAAGACCUACGUGAUCUUCGCCGUGAUCAAUGCUGCCAUUGUCCCGGUCGUCUAUUUCUGCUUCCCCGAGACAACCUGCCGCUCGCUGGAAGAAAUGGACCGCAUCUUCAAGAAAUCCACCGGGAUCUGGGACGUCGUCAAGGUCGCCAGGCACGAGCCGCACAUGUACGGCCCCAACGGCGAACUCCUGCGCACCUUGGACGACAUCGAGGACGAAGCUGUCCGCCGCGCCAGCGUCCUCAGCAACCCCGCCAAGCGUGCGGCGGAGGUCCACCACGAGCACAACGAAAUCAAGGAGAGUGAUGGAAACACGUCCGAGGAGAAAUAG